UUAUCGAAUUCACACACGAUCUCGUUUAGUAAACGGAGACAUUCGAGUUUUCUACUGGUAUCCCACUGGCUCCAAAAAUCUUUGAAAUUCGGAAUGGAAGCGAACAUCACGCAAACGUUUUCAUGUUGACGUGCAUACAAUUCAUCGACUGGCCUAUCCGGUGCUAGAAAUUUGCAGGCUACACUGCUGGGCAAGAUAUUUUCAAUUAGUAAUUUAUUGAUAUCCUGCAUUGUUUCUACAUCACGCUCCUCGUUCUUGAACGAUACAUUGCAAGCGUUUUCUGCUUUUCUUUCAUAA